AUGGCCUCGCUGCCCCGACGGAAUAGCCAGCAGGCCAACACUCCUCAAUCAACUAGGUCGACUGAUAACAAUCGCGACGGGGCAUUGGUACUACACGCCAAUUCCUCGGCCACAGCUUGGUGGUCACGGUUUCGAUACCCAGUCAUCACUGCUGGGAUCGUGCUCUUACUGAGUCCAUUCACCUUCUUAUGGCCUGGUCAACAGUCGAUCGAUCCCAAGAAUUAUGCAGAGCGUACCAAGCGUAUCCUCAAGACGACGCCUUUAAUUGACGGCCACAAUGAUCUACCGUUCAUGCUCCGCCUUGAACUCAAGAACCGCAUCUACAAUGAACGUUUCGACUUUACUAAUCGAUUGCUGGGCCAUACAGAUCUACAGAGGCUGAGGCAAGGCAUGGUCGGAGGUCAAUUCUGGAGCGUGUAUGUAGACUGUGAUGAACAGCAAAAACACUUUGAGGAUCCUUCUUGGAUCGUUCGAGACACGCUUGAACAAAUCGAUGUGACUCGACGCUUCAUCCGAGAGCACCCCAAAGACUUGGAGUAUUGCGAUACAGCGGCCUGCGCUAGGAAGGCCUUCAAAGCAGGCCGCAUAGCAAGCAUGAUUGGCAUUGAAGGUGGCCACCAGGUUGGUGGCAGCAUUGCAAGCCUUCGGCAGAUGUACGAACUGGGGGCGCGAUACAUGACUAUUACUCACAAUUGUGACAAUGCAUUCGCUAUGGCAGCUUCAACUGUUGCCUCCGGAACUGCGGACACUGGACUUGCAAAGCUUGGAAAGGUAGCCAUCAAAGAGAUGAACAGGUUGGGAAUGAUGGUUGAUCUAUCGCACGUUUCUCAUCAGACAAUGAGGGAUGUUCUCAGUAUUGCUAGAGCGCCGGUAAUCUUCUCGCAUUCUGGAGCAUACGCUAUUGAGCCGCAUCUCCGAAAUGUCCCCGACGAUGUUCUUCGACAGGUCAAGCACAACGGCGGCAUAGUUAUGGCCGUGUUUCUCAAUCGUUUCCUCAACAUGAAGCAUCCUGAGCAAGCAUCAAUACACGAUGUGGCUGAUCACAUCUUCCACAUCGCAGAAAUAUGUGGCUGGACUUGCGUUGGAAUCGGUGCGGAUUUCUUUGGCAUGUCAAAUGUGCCUAUUGGGCUAGAGGAUGUUUCAAAAUAUCCCAGUUUGAUGGAGGUGCUCAUGCAGCGAGGUGCAACAGACGAGCAGAUCCGUCUGCUUGCAGGAGAAAACAUUCUCCGGGUUUGGGGAAAUAUUGAAAAGAGCGCUAAAGCAAUUCAGGCUACAGGUGAGAAACCUGUCGAAGAGGAAUAUGAAGGACGAGAAUGGCAUAAGGGAUUUUCAACUGAUCCCUACAUGCUGAGGGGAGGCCUUGAGGAGGCCUUGAAGAAUGGGGCCAAGAUUGAGGAAGAUGUUUUCGAUUUAGAUGCCGAAGGAAGGCCAAAGAUUCUGUCUACUUAG